AUGGAAGGUGUCAAUCAGACCCUGCAGGUGAUUGAAUUUUUGUUCCUGGGUUUCUCUGGCAUGCCCAGAGGUCAACCUUUCUUCUUUCUGCUGUUUCUGGCCAUCUACCUCAUCACCUUGGUGGCCAACUCAAUGAUAUUCAUCUUGAUCCAGCUGGAUUCACGCCUCCACAGUCCCAUGUACUAUUUCCUCAGCCAUUUGUCCUGCUUGGACAUUUGCUAUUCCUCGGUCACCCUCCCCACCAUCCUGGUGAACCUCCUGCGCCAACAGCCCACCAUCUCCUACAACGAGUGCAUGGCCCAGAUGUUCUUCCUCAUGAGCUUUGCGGGAACUGAAUCUGCACUACUGGCUGUGAUGGCCUAUGACCGCUAUGCGGCGAUCUGUGAACCUUUGCACUAUACGCAACUCAUGGGUAGGAAGGUCCGAGUCCCUCUGGCUAUGGCUUCGUGGGUCUGGGGCAUGAUUGACUCUGCCAUUCACACUGCCCUGGCCACUGAUUUGGCCUUUUGUGCAGCCAACAAGAUCCAUCACAUCUUCUGUGAUGUUCCACCACUCCUGAAAAUUGCUUGCAGUGACACCUACACCAAUGAGAUGGCUCUUCACAUAGCAAGUGUCUUUGUGGGUCUGAGCCCUUUCCUCCUUGUUGUCAUUUCCUAUGUCUACAUCCUAUCUACAAUUCUGAAGAUCCGUUCCAGCACUGGAAGGAGAAAGACCUUCUCCACCUGCGCUGCCCACUUGAUUACCGUCAUUGUCUACUUUGGGAUGAUCAACUUGAAUUACAACCGUCCAAGUGCAGGCUACUCCUUGGGGGUGGACACCCUGAUCUCCAUGUUAUAUUGUAUUGUCCCCCCCAUGCUGAACCCUCUAAUCUACAGCUUUAGAAACAAGGAGGUCAAAGGGGCCCUGCAAAAACUUCUGAGCAUUCAGGAGAAAGAUGAUGCAUUUCUUGGAAAGCACUAA